GCUGUUUCUCGUAUCAUGGCGCAGUGGCACCACAGUCGCAUAGACGAUCGCGAUGAUUUAGCAGCGUGAAUUCAGGUGUACUGAAUUGUGUAUUCGCGGCGUUCUUUGUUUUCUGUUGCCUCUUGUAUUUCCUCUGUGACAAUCUCGUACGGUAGCACUCACGCGAAUUAUAACGAAAUCGCGCGGUCAAAAGUCAUCGUGGACGGAAGUUCGUGCGCUCGCGCGGGCGUCGACGAAAAAUCAAGCCGAAAGUAAGCUGCGAAACAACGAGCGACGGGCGCCAUUUUGUGCGCUCGUUGCGGCAAGCGGACGUUGACGAGGCGGACAGUGGACCAGCGCGUCCACGAGGUACCGUUUUCACGAAGCUGGGAUUCCAAUAGCUGAAUACACGCACAUCAUACCUUCUCCAUUCUGUGCCUAAUCUCUUUCCCAUUUCCCCAUUUCUCUCUCACACUCUUUCUCUCUUUCCUGGGUCUUCGUUCUUAAGUUGCAGCGUUCCAUCAAGCAGCGUUGAUGAUUGGGAUUCCGCGGGACGAUCGGCACAAAAUCACGGUCAAGAUCCGCAAUAACAUGAAGAGGAGCCCGAGUCGUACCCCUCCUCCUCGCGUGAAGCGGAGCCGAUCGUCGAUGGGACGAUAUGAUGAUUCCAGCGAUGAACGUAUCACACCUGAGAGGAUCCGGCGUAGAAGCAGAGGAGCCAGAAGCCCCAGCCCUCCCACACGAGCAUCCUCGCAUGCGCGCUACGUGGAGUCGAGUUCACACCGCGACGACUAUCUACGUGCCCCACGCGACCUACCUCCGGAGCGGUCCUACAGCUAUAAGAUCCUCUGCAUUAGUUCGAUCCACCCGAAGGCCAGUGACGAAAUCAUCAAGGACACCUUGUACAGGGAAUAUAAGAAGUUCGGGGACUUCUCCAUCCGCAUCACACACGAGUUGGACGAGCGCGUUGCUUACGUGUGCUUCAGGAACUCUGAGGACGCGCGUGACGCCAAACAUGCAAAAUCGCGCAUUAUCAUGUACGACAAGGUCGCUCUGGUAGAACCAGUUUAUGAGAGAGCUGACACUUACCGUCGACCGCGUUCCGUAACUCCCCCGGAUUACGAGAGAUACUAUACUCGUUCGCCAGGGCCCACAGAUAGACACAGACCUCUCGAGAGAUAUGAGCGAGUUUAUGGACCAACGGUCGGUUUACCGCCACAUCGAGAAAUGCGUCGUGAGACUAUCGCACCUCCUCAUCACGAUUUCGUCAGGCCUCCCAUACACCAUGGGCCGCCAGGCCACGUGCAUCCUGGUCCGCCUCAUCAUUACGGUGGUCCACCGCGCCAUAUGAUGAUACGACACCCGGUGCACGGUUUCGAGCGUGUCGAGAAUAAAAAGGAUAAGUUCCCGAACUACUUGCAUCAUGUAUCGCCCGAGGAUGACCCGCUAGCAACCAGGACCUUAUUCGCCGGCAAUCUGGAGAUCAAUAUCACGGAGGAGGAGCUACGCCGUAUCUUCAGCAAGUACGGCAUCGUCGAUGAUAUCGAUAUCAAACGGCCGCCGCCUGGAACCGGCAACGCCUACGCUUUCGUGCGUUUCCAGACGUUAGAUAUGGCGCAUCGCUGCAAAGUGGAGCUUUCGGGACAGUACAUCGGCAAGUUCCAGUGCAAAAUCGGUUACGGCAAGGCCACUCCGACUACACGGAUAUGGGUAGGCGGCCUUGGCCCAUGGACAUCUGUGCCGCAGUUGGAACGUGAGUUCGAUCGGUUCGGCGCCAUUAAGAAAAUCGACUAUAUCAAGGGCGACAGCAACGCUUACAUACUCUACGAUUCAAUCGACGCCGCCCAGGCAGCCGUUAAGGAGAUGCGCGGCUUCCCGCUCGGCGGACCAGAACGUCGACUCCGAGUUGACUUCGCCGACGUAACACCAGGCUUUGGCUUCAAACCUAGACCGUAUCCAGAGGAGUCUAGUGACUUUAGACCUCGUCCUGUCGACUAUGAGUCACCCUAUGAUCCUUACGGACCCGAGGGUGAUUUUGGGUAUGGGCCUAGGGGAUUUCGUGGAGGUAGAGGUACAGCGCCUUGGCACGAUAGGCGAGGCAGCAGUACCCGUGGUGGUUACAGAGGUACUUACCCCGAGGGAUACAUACGCGACGAAGCCGACUGGUCCAGCAGGAGACCACCGCCGGAAUUAGAGUACGAGACACCUCGCGGACUACGUAGGUCUUUGUCGCGAGAGCCCGGUGUAGAUAGGUCAAGGUCGCGUUCUCCUCGACGGAACCGUCAAAUGGACUCUGACUCUGAUUCGGAGAACACACGCACCGGCAUGUUGUCGACAUCGCGUACCUUGUCCGACGUAGCGCGAAAAUCUAUCGCCGUGUGGCAAGGCGCUCUAAUACUGAAGAACUCGCUGUUUCCGGCUAAAUUCCAUUUGACUGACGGCGAGACCGAGAUCAUCGACGCCCUGAUGAAGGAUGAGGAGGGCAAGCAUAUGUUACGAAUAACGCAGCGGUUGCGUUUGGAUCAGCCUAAGCUCGACGACGUUUCCAAGCGUAUUCAAACAUCCAGCUCACACGCUAUCUUCCUUGGUUUAGCCGGGUCGAGCGCAGCUGUCACAAAUGAUGACGCCAAUGUACAGACCCGUCCAUUGCGUAACCUGGUAUCUUAUCUCAAGCAGAAGGAAGCUGCCGGUGUGAUAUCGCUGUUGAACAAGGACACUGAGGGCACGGGUGUGCUCUAUGCGUUCCCACCAUGUGCAUUCUCGACGGAACUCCUGAAACGCACGUGCCCUAGUUUAAGCGAGGAGGGUCUUAAGGAAGAUCAUUUGGUAAUCGUAGUGGUUAAGGGGGGUAGCGCCUAAAGAACGAGAAAUUUUUGUUUCGUGUUAUGUUCUUGGUCGCAAGUGAACCGGCUCUUUGAACGCAUCUUCUAAUUCAGAAGAAGUGUACAAAACUUUGAGAGAGAGAGAGAGAGAAAGAGAGGGGGAGAAAAAGAAGGUUAGAGAGAAAGAGAAAUAAAUAGAUAGGAGGAUUUUGAUCGAAUGAUGAAAGGGAGAUUUGUGUUUUUUGAUCGAUGUAAGUAUUUCGCUUUCGAGACUGGCUUCCAAAUACAACAUUAAGGAUUUAAUCGCACACAAUUGUAGAUUAUAUAGUAUAUUUGAUAGUGUUCUUUUUUUUCUUAUUAUUUUAUAUAUAUACGAGAAUAUAUCGCUUUGUCGCGGGGAUUCGAGCGUACUGUUGCCACGUAAGUGAUGAAAAAAAGUUUCAAUAAUAGACGGAUUUCUAUUCUUUUAAUAGUAGUUCGCAGAAGAUAUCACGUCUUUGAUCGUAACAAAUAUUUGCUACAAAGUGGCGUUGUGAAUCGCUAUGAUUGCGUUAUCGCGAAAACUCGAGUCUAUAUAGUUGAUAAGAUUAACGAUAUCUGAUGCAGUUUUGCAAUAUUAUCAAUAUUUUAUAUGAUGAUUUUAAUUUAUGGUAAACUUUUCCAGAGAUAUGGCUGCUUCUUCAUAUACACUCUGUAGACAUGAUAGACAUCAAUCACUAUAAUGCUGAGAAAGAUCAGAGUACUUAUUUUCUAUCAAAAAACACAAUCUUGCGCAUGCUCCCGACUGGUUUAUCUAGAAAUCUGUUAACGACGGCAGUAGCGGUUACCAAGGAUAGAAUUUUUAUUGAUGAAACUCUUUAUCGACCAGAUACAUCGAUUACCCCGCAAAGUUACACAUGAUGGUGUGGUUAGCAUCAUCAUGAUCCAGAAUGUAGUAUAAGAAUAUAUUUGUAUUAUAUAAGCAUAUACAUACUUAUAUACAUAUAUACAUAUAGAUGCAGAUAUAUAGUUACUAUAUAGUAUACUAUAUAGUUAUGUUACAAUACAUACAUAUUAUUAGUGAUGAUGUGCACAGUUCUUUCACAUUGACAGAUAUACAGCGCGCAAAAGUAAUUGUGCUUUUGUUUUCCAGUAAGUCAGUCCAUAUUCUUUUGAGAUAUGUACACGUGAAAACAACAAGACGUACAGCAAAGACGUACAAGACAUACGUCUUAUUUACAAUAAUUAAAUUAAGAAAAACGAUUUAUUUUCUUUUUAAUUGUAGAUUUUGAUAACACAUUAAGUCGUCAAUGUUUACAUAUCUUUCAAUCCGUCAAAACUUUUUAUAUUAUACUUCAGCAAAUAUGGAAGAUAACAGUUGCUCUGUUACAAAAUGUUUUAACUCAGAAUUAUGCAAGUUUUAUUCUAGUAUAAUAUUUCCAAAUAAGAAAGAAAAUUACAUAGCUAUAUGAUUGCAAAAACACUUUUAUAUACAUAUAUAUAUAUAUAUAUAUAUAUAUAUAUA